CCUCAUCCAUGCUGGUUUUUUCCAUCACUCCGUUUCGACGCCAACAGGACCGCGGCAUGGCCCACCUGUGUGCGACCUUUCAAAAGGCGGGAACGACCGAGCUCAUCAGCUCCAGCGGCGGAAACGCCGGGCUGGCAGUCGCCACUGUGGGGGGCCGCCUGGGCCUCGAUGUCUCGGUGAUCGUUCCGGAAACGACCAAGCCCCUGGUCGUUGCCAAGCUGGAGAGCCUUGGGGCGAAGGUCACCAUCCACGGCGUCAACUGGAACGCGGCAGACGGGCUGGCGAGGGAACGGGUCGACGCCAAGCCCGUCGGUGCCGCCGAAUACGUCAGCCCCUACGACAAUCCCCUGCUGUGGACGGGCCACAGCACCCUCGUGGACGAAAUCGCCGAUCAGCUGGAGGACGAGGGUGGACUCUCGCCGGGUGCCAUCGUCGUGUCGGUGGGUGGCGGGGGACUGCUCUGYGGCGUCCUGGAGGGGUGCGCCCGGAGGAAGCUUUCCACGAAGGUCAUUGCAUCGGAAACCGAUGGAGCGUCGUGCUUUAAGCAGUCGUGGGAGGACGGGACCCCGGUGACGCUCCCGGGGAUCGAUUCCAUCGCCACUUCCCUCGGCGCAACCUCGUGCACGCCMGUGGCCCUGGAACGGGCACGGUCCCACGACGGGGGCUUUGAUGCCCUGGCGUGCACCGACCGCGAAGCCGUCGAUGCUUGUGUGAGGUUUGCCCGGGACCACCGGAUGCUGGUGGAACCCGCGUGCGGAGCGGCCCUGGCGGUGGCCUACAGCGAGCGGCUGAGGGACAAAUACCUCGGCRACGUGGACGGCCCGGUCGUCAUCGAGGUCUGCGGAGGAUCCGGCGUCGACAUCGACUUGAUGCAAGGGUGGAAGAACGACUAUCUCGACUGACCGAAUGGACACAGCGGAGGCAAUGGAAGCAACAGUGCUCCGGGCAGAAUAAGGUUUCGAGUUUCGAAYCGCACACAAAGAAGUAGAGACAGGCGGCAUGGAGAUUUGCACGAAAUGCACGAAUAAUUYUUUUGCAUGAAAUGGCAUGCCGCAAAACUGUACAAUAAUGUUGGUUACGGGAUCCACUUACGGAUCAGACUUUUCCAUCAUCGCCACAUGGAACAAUCGCCACAGCAUGGAUUUUUGCAGUUCCUCUUUGCUCCAUYCCGAAAAUAGUCUUUUGUAGCUCUCGAGUUGACAUAU